AUGAGAGACGUCGUCAGCGUCGUGGAGGCGAAGGAGCUCUUGGCUGAAGACGAUGCAGCGAACGAACAGACGCUAAGCAUCAUGAACGAAGGGGAAGCAGAGCGCUCAGCAGAAUACCAUUUGUCCAGCGCAGCGGAGAAGGACGUCACGGGCGGAUUAAGAAGACACACGCUGAGCACAGAGAAGAGGAAAGGCUCGAGGAUAAUAAUUGACAGACUCAUAUUAGAAAAUUUUAAAAGCUACUCGGGAGUGAAGGUCAUUGGACCCUUUUACAAAAAGUUCAGUUGUAUCGUGGGUCCGAAUGGAAGUGGGAAGAGCAACAUCAUCGACGCCAUGCUGUUUGUGUUUGGUCGUCGCGCGAAGAAGAUCCGGCAGAACAAGUUGUGUGAUCUCAUUCACAGCUCCAAGUACUCCAUGCACAAUGAGUACACGAAGGUGUCCAUCCAGUUCAGGACCAUCGCGGAGGAGGGGGGGGGAGAGAAGUGGCAGGAGACGGCCCACCCCUCCACUGCACUACCCGACAGCUUCACCAUCAGCAGGGAGGCCACAGCAGAUAACCAAUCGAGGUACCGCAUAAACGACAAGGUCGUGACACAGAAGGAGGUGUUCGACCUGCUGCUCCACCACGGAAUAGACCUCAGGAACAAUCGCUUCCUGAUCCUGCAAGGGGAAGUAGAACAAAUCUCACAAAUGAGCCCCAAGGGAACGAAAAACGAAGAAGGGCUCCUUGAAUAUUUAGAAGAAAUCAUAGGUACCAACUGUUACAUAGAAGGAAUAAACAAAAGCUUAGAGGAGUUGGAGAGGUGUGAAGAAGUAUAUCAGGAGAAGGUAAAUCGACUCAAACAUGUGUAUAACGAAUUAAAAGAACUAGCUGGACCCAAAAAAGAAGCAAAGUAUUAUGUGCAACUACAAAAAUUUACAUACAAGCUACACAUAUUAAUAGUUAAAAAAGACAAACAUGAAUUAGCUAAAAAAAUUUUAAUAAAAGAAGAAGAGUUAGCCAAGUAUAUGAAAGAAAAAAAACAACACAAUAUUGUAUAUGCAGAAUUACUUAAGGAGAGAAAAGAAAUGAAUACUGUUUUAGGUGUUCUCGAACAUGAAGAAAGUGAAAUUGUAAAGAGUAAAAAUAAAGUAGAUAAUGAAUUCAAACUGUUAACAACUCAGCAUGAAAAUGUAAAAAAAGAAAUUGUAAUUGUCGUACAAAAGAUACAAAACCUUUAUGUUAAGAGAGAACAACUGAGGGAAAAAGAUAUACCUCUUUAUAAAAGCAUUAUUGAAGAUAAACAGAAUAUUUUAAAUGGUUUGAAAAGAGAAGCGAUUCCUAAAUUGGAGAGACAACUCGAGAAAUGUGAAGAGGAAAUGGAAAGGUACAAUGAAGAAAUAAAAAUGGACACAGAUAAAAUUAAUACCAUUUAUUCAAAUGAAGAAAAAAAAUUAGCUCCUCUUCAAAAGACCUAUGAUGAUAUGGUUAAAGUUACAUCUGAGUAUAAUAACAGAUGUAACCUCAUAGAAAAGAAGCAAAAGGAAUUUUUAGCUCACGAAGAAAAGUUAAAAUAUGUACAGGGAAAAGUGUUAAAUGAAAUGAAGGAAUUGGAUGUACAGUUGAAACAUAUGAACAAAGUGGAAUUAGAAAAAAAAAAAAUUUUACAUGAGAAGGAGAGACUGCUAACUGAGGUAGAUAAUGAAACAGAACAAGUGACAAACAAACUUGUUAACCUAACAGUUAUGUAUGAAACGAUGAAGAAGGAUUUUAGUACAGAUAAAAGUAUGAACAAGUUACAUGAACUCAUAUACCAUUUGAAGAAGACAAAGAUUAAAGGGAUUCAUGGCAUGCUUGGAGAUUUGGGUUCCAUAGACCCAAAAUAUGAAAAAGCUUUUCUUAUCGCAGGGAAUAAUUGUACCGACUUUGUGGUGGUGGACAAACCACAUGACGCUGUGUUACUCUUUGAACAAAUGAGGAAACAUAACUCAGGACGAGUAAAUGUUUUGUCUCUCUCCAUUUUAGAAAAUAAUUUAUUACCAGUGAUGAAAAAACAGGAGGAAAAUUACACCCCUCUCCUUCCAAAUGUACACAGACUUAUUGACUUCAUUCGGUUUAAAGAGGACAAAUACAAAAUCUGUUUCUACUAUGCUGUUAAGGAUACCCUCGUGGCGAACACCCUGGAGGAGGCACACGUGAUAGGAUAUUCUCACAAAAGGAGGGUCGUGACUGUAGGGGGAGAGCUUAUCGAAAAUGAUGGUCGAAUAUGUGGUGGAGGUGUUAUGAACAAACAAGGGAAAGAGUCAAGUGGUGAGUCAGGGAGAAGAUCAUCUGCGCGUAAGAGUUGCGGAAGCGGAGGUACAACAGAAGGCAGUGAAGAGACUGAAGCGACCAAUACAUUCUUUAGAGCAGAAGCUGCCCCAUCUCAGUAUGACCAAAAGGAUGUGGACAAAACUGAAAGAGACAUUAAAGAGGCAAACAAACAUAUGGACCAGCUGAAAAUGAGAAAGGCAAAUCUCCUCAACGAAAUAAAAGAGGUUAAAACACUCAUUGAAGAUAACGAGUGUAAGGUUGAAAUUGCUAAGAAGAGAAUUGAAAAUUGUAAAAAGCAACUGAAGGAUAUUGAAGGGCAGCUACAAAAUUCAAAUGUACCUGAACUCACUCCGGAAGAAAAAAGAGAACUCGAAUCGAUUAAAGAAAUGAUAGAAGAAAAAAAUAACGAGAAGAAUAAAAUUGAAAUUCUACUCAAAGCACAAGAAAGUAAAGUCAAAAUGUAUUAUGAACAACUACAGAACGUUGGAGGAGAAAAGAAAAAAACACUUAAAAGUAAGUUUUUGCAUGCGGAGAGACAAUUAAAUAUUACAAGGGAUGAAAUUGCUAAGCACAGCAGUGAAGAGGUGAAUGCCCUGGCCAAUUUACAAAAGGGAGAAAAAGACAUACUUAAAUUUACAGAUGAGAUUGAGGAAUAUGAAAAAAAUGAAAAGGAAUUGGAGAAUGAGUUGAAGGAUCUUGAAGCAAAAGGGAGUAUCGUUUAUGAACAAAUUGAACAGAUGGAAAAGGAGCUGAACAAAGUGCAAGCCCAAAUGGAGCAGAACCAAAAGAAAAAGCAACAAAUCGAUGAGAACGUUUCUAAGAAGGAUCUAGAGAAUGUGGAUCUAGUGUACAAGACAGAACAUUUACAAAAAGAAAUUGAGCAGCUGAGACUCAGGGGUGUCGCUUAUGAAGGGAAAAUUGAGGAGUACACGCGCCUCAUCGAGCAGGCCGACCGGGUCGUCGUGGAAAACAGGCGGUGUCGCGCCAGCUCAGGGGAGGAGGACAGCCAACACGGUAGUGGUGGUGGUAGUGAUGGCGGUAGUGGUGGUGGUAGUGAUGGCGGUAGUGGUGGUGGUAGUGAUGGCGGUAGUGGUGGUGGUAGUGAUGGCGGUAGUGAUGGCGGUAGUGAUGGCGGUAGUGAUGGAGGAAGUGAUGGAGGAAGUGAUGAUGGUAGCGAAGAUGGAAGUGGCGACGGGCGCGACCACGAACGCGAUGAUGGAAGCCGUGAUGCACGCGAGCGAGACCAGGACCAGGAUGAGGAACUCAAAGCCCUGGAGGACCUCGCGUGCGACCAUGAAGACUGGACCGAUUUAGAAACCGAGUACAAUUACGCAGACGUCACGGAAACGCAGCUGCAAGACAUGAACAGAAAGGAAAUGGAACACAAAUUAAACAGCAAGCUACUCUUGUUGCAAAAGAAGGCCCCCAACCUUAAGGUCUUCAAAGACUACAAUGUAAAGCUGUAUGAUUAUAUGAAAAGGAAAAAGGAUGUACACAAGUCGAGGAAGAAAAAGGAUAAAUUAAAAAAGCAUUACGAUAACCUAUGCAAUAAAAGAAGGAAGGAAUUCCUUCUCGCAUUCAAUAUUAUAUCGGCCAAGCUAAAAGAAAUGUACCAAAUGAUAGCUGUAGGUGGAGAUGCUGAAUUGGAAAUAAUUGAUUCUUCUGAAAUUUUUAAUGAAGGAAUUCUUUUCUCUGUUCGACCUCCAAAAAAAAGUUGGAAGCAUAUACAGAAUCUUUCAGGAGGAGAAAAAACUCUCAGCUCCUUAGCUCUUGUCUUUGCUCUUCAUUACUUCAAGCCAAACCCAAUUUACUUCAUGGACGAGAUCGAUGCUGCACUCGACUUCAAAAAUGUUUCUAUCAUUUCACACUACAUCAAAACCAAGACUAGCGAUGCCCAGUUCAUUGUCAUUUCUUUACGAAAUCAAAUGUUCGAGCUUUGUGAUAGGAUGAUCGGUAUCUACAAGACAAAUGACAUAACCAAAUGCAUCACUCUUAACCCGGGUCGGUUCCAGGGCGAUCAGCACGGGGGCCAACAGGGAGCAGCAGGAGGAGAACAACAGGACGCAGAGGAAAAAAUACACGAGCAAGCCAAUCCCUACGUCGCGGUGACGAUGUAA